AUGCAACCCUUCAAUCUGUCCAGCGUACUAAACCCGGACACCUCCUCGCAGCAGACAUCAAGUACACCUGCAUCGACACAGCAACCCUCAUCGUCAAUGGCUACUGCUACCGUGAGCCUCAUGGCUCCCCUCCUGCAGCAGCAACAGGCUCAGGAAGAGCCUCGCCAGGACCUUCCCCGUCCUUACAAGUGCCCUCUCUGUGACAAGGCCUUCCACCGUCUGGAGCACCAGACCCGUCAUAUCCGCACUCACACCGGAGAGAAGCCCCAUGCUUGCACAUUCCCUGGUUGCACAAAACGAUUCUCCCGCUCAGACGAACUCACCAGGCACUCGAGGAUACACAACAAUCCCAACUCAAGGAGGGGCAAAGGCCAGCAUGCCGCCGCCCAUCAGGCUGCUGUCGCCGCCGUUCAGGCUGGCCUUGUCGAGCCUGGCUCUGGCCUUGCGCACAUGAUGGCUCCUCCUCCACCAAAGACCAUUUCUCGCAGCGCGCCUGGCUCUGCAAUUGGCUCACCAAACGUCUCGCCGCCUCACUCUUUCUCUAACUAUUCUCCUAACGUCGGCAACGACUUGGCUGCCUACCGCCACGGAGGUCUCAGCAGCAACAGCAACAGCCCCAAUGGCAUGUCAAGAAACAUGGACCUGCUUGCAGACGCCGCCUCAAGGCUCGAGAACCGCCACGGCCACCACUCUCAUUCCAGUCGUCACCACCUCACCAGCCACGGGUACCACCCGUACAGCAACCACCGCCUUCCUGGCCUGUCUCAGUACGCCUACUCUUCACAACCAAUGUCGAGGUCGCAUUCCCACGAGGAGGACGACCCUUAUGCGCACAGGAUGACGAAGAGGUCGCGGCCGGGCUCGCCGAUGUCGACUGCACCGCCUUCGCCGACAUUCUCUCAUGAUUCCGCUAGCCCCACCCCCGACCACACUCCUCUUGCGACACCAGCCCACUCACCCCGACUUCGACCGCACGGAUUCAACGAUCUCCAGUUGCCGCAUUUGCGCCACUUGAGCCUCAACCAGAACUACGUUCCUGCGCUUGCGCCUAUGGAGCCCCAGACAGAUCGCGAGGCGCCGUACGUUCCUAGCGCAUCAUCUGGUCUCAGGAUCGGCGACAUUAUUUCAAAACCUGAAGGUGCUCAGCGCAAGCUGCCUGUUCCUCAGGUACCCAAGGUCGCUGUGCAGGAUCUCCUCAACGGCCCCUCGAAUAGUGGCUUCUCUUCUGGCAACUCCUCUGCGACGCCCUCAAUAGCUGGCGAGGAUCUUGCAAACCGCCCAUAA